AUGGAGAUGAAUGCUGAAGUGAUGUGCAGCGAUCCACAGAAAUGUUUGUUCACCAAAGGAUGGGUUGAGCUCCCCAAAGUGGAGAUACCGAGAAUUAAAGCUGAGUCCACCUCUAAAGUUGAAGGCUGGGGCAAUGACAUGUCUUCUUCUUCUACUUCACCAGACAUGUCUGUGACCAUCUCACUGUUUCUCAAGACUGGGACCAGCAUUCAAGAUCAUCUGCACGGAAUCACAGAAAGGCAUCAACCCUAA